CGGUAUCUGACUACUGCUACUUAGUGAUACUGCUGCUAUGCUCCCAAUCACUAACAAAUCUAAACAGACAAUUCUACUUAUACAUCGCAUUCGCUGCUCGCAUUCAUUCAUUGUGCUUGCAUCUUCCAUAGCGAAGAGUUGCCCGCUUGGCAACGAGAGUUUUGAGUGGUAUUAGCAUAUCAGUAGCACAGUGAGAAUACAAAAGAUUUGGUUUGCUGGCAUUCCAUAUCAGAUUUAAACUUUUUUCACUUUCAACUUUGCCAAACUUUUAGAAGUGUAUAAAGACGAAAUGUCGCAUACGAUACCCUUGUCGUCGGGAAAUGGAAACGGUGUCAAUUUUCGUGCGCCAUUGAAAGUGGCAAUAAUUGGCGGUGGUUUGGUCGGUUCAUUAGCGGCGCUCAGUUUUGCUCGACGCGGCCAUGAAGUGCACUUAUAUGAAUAUCGUGAGGAUAUACGCGGCGCUGAAUUGGUGCAAGGGCGUAGCAUAAAUUUGGCUUUGUCGCAGCGGGGGCGCAGAGCGCUGGCCGAAGUUGGUUUGGAGCAGGAGGUGCUCGCAACGGCCAUUCCCAUGCGUGGCCGUAUGCUGCACGACAUCAAAGGCAAUCGCACCGUAGUGCUAUACGAUCCCUGCACGCAUCAGUGUCUCUAUUCGGUGGGCAGAAAGUUUUUGAAUGAGGUGCUAUUGAAUGCGGGUGAAAAGUUUCCCAAUAUUCAUCGUCAUUUCGAACACAAGUUGAAUUACGUGAAUUUAAAUGAAGGCCGUAUGGAAUUCAAGCGUUUGCACAGCAAUGAAGUGAUAGAAGACAAGGCGGAUUUAGUUGUGGGCUGUGAUGGCGCUUUUAGCUCAGUGCGUCAGCAAAUGGUGAAGCGACCUGGCUUCAAUUAUUCACAAGAAUAUAUUGAACAUGGUUACUUGGAGCUAUGUAUACCAGCGAAAAAUGGCGAGUUUCAAAUGCCUGAAAAUUAUUUGCACAUUUGGCCACGUGACGAUUUCAUGAUGAUUGCACUGCCCAAUCAAAAUAAAUCGUUUACUGUAACACUCUCGAUGCCAUUUAAAGUUUUCGCAACCAUACGCACCACCGAGGAUUUAUUAACAUUUUUCCACAAAUACUAUGCCGAUGCCUUGCCACUGAUCGGCGAGGAAAUGCUAAUCAAAGAUUUCUUCAAAUCGCAACCGCAACAUUUAGUUUCAGUAAAGUGCCAUCCCUAUCACUAUGGUUCGAAGGCGUUAAUUCUUGGCGAUGCUGCGCAUGCUAUGGUACCCUACUAUGGACAGGGUUUGAAUGCUGGCAUGGAAGAUUGCACCUUGUUGAUGUCGCUAUUUAAUCAACCAAAUUUAAGCACCGCCGAUGUGUUGGAGCAAUUCACUGAGAUGCGUUGGCAUGAUGCGCACGCUAUUUGCGACUUGGCAAUGUACAAUUAUGUUGAGAUGCGCGAUCUCACCAAACGCGUUAGUUUUCGCUGCCGUAAAUGGCUCGAUACUCUGCUGUUCCGUUGGUUCCCAAGCGCUUGGGUGCCAUUGUACAAUAGUGUGUCGUUCACCAGCAUGCCCUACAGCAAAUGCAUAGCCAACCGUAAAUGGCAAGAUAAGCUGUUAAAUAAUGUGCUGAUUUCGGUUUUGUUGGCGGUUUUGGCUAUAAUCAUUGCCAUUUAUCUUGGCGUUUUUUAAGAAGUUACCUUUAAGUAAUAAAAUUCCUAGUUUGAUAAGAAAAUAAGCUGCUUAACAUCUGUAGGUAUUAACUGCUGAAGUUUUUUUGUUUGAUGUAUAAUUUGAAAUUUAAUGCUGGCGUAAAAUGUAGUGUAGGGGUAGUAGACAAUUCAUUUAUGUACAAAAUAAAUACGAAAACUAUAUAUACAUAUAUAUAUA